AUGAAGCCCGAUCACACCGUUUCAGCCAUUACUGCGGCAAUGCUCUUUGGGCAUGUCGCGGCCGACUGGCAAUUUCGAAGCCGCCCAGACCUGGCGCCGCCGCGUCUGAACAUCACGAUUCCAGCCACGGGCGACGUCGAGAAGGGAUAUCUCUUUCUCGCCCCCUUUGCUGGCUAUCCCGACACUCCCACUGAGCAGCAUGGGCCCCGCCAAGCUGGACCAUACAUUGUCAGAGACAAUGGCGAUCUCGUCUGGUCGGGCUACGCGCUGUACAGCAUUUGGUCCACCAACUUCCAAGCCGGCCGCUGGAAGGGCAAGGAUGUUCUCUUCAGCUUCGAGGGGGACCAUAACGCUGGCUACGGCCACGGCCAUGGGCACAUCACCUUCAUGGAUCAGCAUUACGAGACCAUUCGUGAGCUGCGUGCGGGAAACCACAAGUUGGUUGACAAGCACGAAUUCCACAUUGUCAAUGAGGAGACGGGCCUCAUCCAGAUCUACCAGCCCGUCGCUCGGGACCUCAGCCGAUGGGGUGCUGGCCCGGACCAGCAGUGGAUCGUCAAUGCCAUCAUUCAGGAGCUGGAUAUCUCCACAGGCAAACUGCUCUUCGAGUGGUCCAGCUUGGAUCAUGUUGCCCCUGACGAAGCGAUCCUUCCCAUCAACCCAGGCCAGGCAGGCUCCGGAUACAACUCGUCUGAUGCGUGGGAUUACUUCCACAUCAACAGUGUCGACAAGGAUUCUGACGGCAACUAUCUGAUCUCGGCGCGCGAUGCCUGUGCCGUGCACAAGAUCAACGGCACAGACGGUUCCAUAAUCUGGCGGCUUAACGGCAAUCGGUCCGACUUUAAAAUGUCCAACGACACCAAAUUCUGCUUUCAGCACCAUGCCAGAUGGCUGGAACAGAACGGUGACGUUGAGGUCAUCAGCCUCUACGAUAACAGCGCUCAUGGAACGGAACAUAGCGGAGGGUCUGAGGUCCACACCGCCCCAACCAGCAGCGGCAAGAUUCUGAAGCUGAACACCACGUCCUGGACGGCCGAGCUUGUUGGCGGUUACUUCCCGCCCGACGAUCUCUUGUCCAAGUCACAGGGAAGCACCCAGGUUCUGCCGAACGGAAACGUCCUCGUGGGUUGGGGAUCCGAGGGUGCAGUGACCGAGUUCACGAGAGAUGGAACACCCAUCUUUCACGCAUACAUGGACUCCGGUAUCCUGGGCGCGGGCGUCGAGAACUACCGCGCUUUCCGGUACAACUGGACUGGGCUUCCCAAUGAGGAUCCCGCCAUUGCCGCACUGCAGAAUGACGACGGAACCACCGUGUACGUGUCGUGGAACGGGGACACAGAGACCGCUGCGUGGCGCUUCUACGCUGCGACUGACGAGUUGGGCUCUCGCGAGUUUCUCGGCGAGGUGCCGCGCUCGAGCUUCGAGACCAGCUUAUGGCUCCCCAAGAGGAAGCUCACGGGCGUCACCGCGGACAGCGUCGACGCUUCGGGGAAGACGUUGGUCUCGACUGCCGUCGUAAAGGCCGAGCGGGAAAUUCUGCCAGCGAGUGGCAACGCUCAGCAGCGAAACAGGUUCGCGCACCAGAAGCCAGUCGUGAACUGGAGGCCUCGGGGCAGCGCAGGGGAGCUGUAG